AUCCUACACCCCUCAGCUUUUUUAUUUUGGUUUUCUUUUUCCCUUAACUGUUCUCUUUAAAUUAUUUUAAAUGGAAUCCAUGUCAGGGAAUGAAUGGCUGGAAAGCUCAAGCCAGUUUUCUUCUGCCACAUUUGUCCUCAACUGUCCACUUGGUACAAAAUUUGGUUGUUCUUGACUGGUUGUUACUUGUUUGUUUUGAUUCAAAUGUGAAGUAUGUUCUCAUAUAAGUGUGAUUAAGUAGUGGAAGUGAAGAUUAGCUAAUUUGGGGUUAUAGGGUUUUGAGUUAUAGAUAUAUGGAUUGGAAUUUGAAGGCACCUUCUUGGGAUUUAACUGAAUUUCAACAAGCAACUAAUCCUAAUAUCAAUCCGGUUAGCGAGUCAAGUAGCUUUCAAGAACAGGGGAUUAUGGGGGAUUUUUCAGUAGAUUUGAAGCUUGGUCAGGUGGCUGAUUUGGGAAAUGAGACUGGGGAUAGUUUGAAAGGGCCUAGUGGUUCCAAAAUGGCAUUGUCACCUUCCGGUUCUUCGAAGAGGGCACGAGCAGUUAAUAAUGGGAUCCAGACUGCGUCGUGCCUCGUGGACGGGUGUAAUGCAGACCUUAGUAGUUGCAGGGAGUACCAUAGACGGCAUAAGGUCUGUGAGCUCCAUUCCAAGACUGCAGAGGUUACAAUCCGCGGUCACAAACAACGGUUCUGCCAGCAGUGCAGCAGGUUUCAUUCACUAGAGGAAUUUGAUGAUGGAAAGAGAAGCUGCAGGAAACGUCUAGAUGGACAUAAUCGUCGGCGAAGGAAGCCUCAGCCAGAACCCCUGUCACGUCCUGGAAGCUUUGUGUCCAAUUACCAAGCUAGCAGAUUGUUUCCAUUCUCUGCUCCACAAGUCUAUCCAACAACUGCUAUGGCGAACCCCGUCUUGGCUGGAGUUGUCAAAGCUGAACAAGAUGAUAAUAAGCUCUAUAACCAGUUUCCACAGUUACACCUACUUGACAAACAAAACCUAUUCCCCGGAUCCUCCUCUUGCAGCUACAAAGGAGAGAAACAAUUCAGUUUUCUGCACAGCACUUCCCAUGCGCUCAACAGCCAAACAGUUCCAGAAGCUUCAGUAUGCCAGCCACUUCUCCAAACCAUUGCUUCAUCAGAAAGUGGCAGGGAUAGCCGCCACGAAAUGUUCUGUGAUCGUCUAUCAACUCAAGUCCUCAACUCAGAUUGUGCUCUCUCUCUUCUGUCAUCGCCAACGACACAGACAUCCGGAAUCAGUUUGAGCCACAUGGUACCGCCCACUCAAAUCCCAGCGCCACAUCCCUCAGUUCCGAGCCUUCAUUAUAACAAUCUAGAACCUAUGAAUUCUGCUCAUGUUUCCACUGCUAGUGAUACGGGAAUGUUUCACGUAUGGCCUGAUUCCUCCUCUGAUAAUGAAACCCCACACGCACUUCCCUUUUACUGGGAAUAGUAAAGAUAGUGCCGGUCGUUCUUUGUUGAUUCUGGCUUUUGUUUCCGAAGAUUUGAAGGAAACUCAUGUCUUUAUUUCAAAGAUUGUCAAAUUAUCCUCAAGUUUGUACAAGUAUUUCACUUCUUUAUGGUUGUUCUUUCCCCUGUUGUUUGUUAUACUAGGUAGUUAUGUUUUCUGCUAGUUUUCUAUAUAAAACUAUAAAAUGCUUGGACUGCCUAGUGCAGGAAAACAAACACUUUUGUGCAUAAUGAAAUGUAUUGCUCUUACCUGAAUAUAUA